AUGAAGGGACUGACACAGACAGGGCGCCAGGUGAGCGAGGACCCGGAUUUGGACAAACUGCUGUCCACCCUGUCUCCAGAGGAAGUCGAGGCGCUGCAGAUAGACCUCAGCAAAGUGCCAGACAUCAAUCCAGAAGACGGAGCUGUGGCUGCCCGGGGAGAAAGCCAGACCCGGGACUCGAGAGGGGGUAACCAAAAGGAGAAUGACUCAAACAGGAGGCUCAGUCAGAGGGAGCAGUCACUGGAGCAGACAGACCCAAAGGACAGUCGGAAGCAGGAAUACCCGAAGAGAACCAGCUUGAAUCAAGAGGGGAAAUGUGACACAAGUUCAAGUCUACAAAGAAAAAGAGAGAGCACCGCUAAAAAGUUGGACGACCAAAACAGCAAAGAUCCUGAAAGUUUGAAGGGGAAUAGAAGUCAGUUGUUAAGUAGAUCUAAAGAAGAGGAGAGCAGCCGCAGUGAGGUUAACCAGAGAGACUAUAAACUGCAACGAGAAAGUGUGGGCAGCAAAGCCAAGGAUAUGAUUUCCAAGCUCCAAGAGAAGAAGGAGGACAAGGAAAAGGAAAGGAGAGAGGAUUUUAGAAGAAGGGACGACAGUAAAACAAAAGAUAUAAUCUCAAAACUGAAAGAAAAAAGUGAGAAAGAUCUUUCCAAGGAGAGAAGAUCUGAAAGUUUUCGCACACAGGGUCUGGUUUCAAAAAUGUUAGAGAAGCAAAGUAAAGCACAGGAAAAUCAGGAGAGCAAGACAGAAAUACACAAAAGCAAAACAGCUGAGGAAAGGAACAGAAGUGAUGUGAAAGUAGAAGAGAAAGCGGCUGGCAAAGGAGGUGAAGAGUUGCUCAACCACAGUGAUCAGGUAGAAGAGAAAAGUAAGAAAGCAGUUGAUCAGAAAGCAGAUGAUAAAAAAGCAGAUGAUGAGAAAACAGACGAGAAAAUGACAGACUCGAAAGGGAAAGAUAAAACAAGCACAACAGACAUGAAGAUCACAAACUGCGUGACCAACAACAGCCAAAAGACUAAGACAAAAGAGGAAGACGAGGAUGAAGAUUCCAGUAUGUUCGAUGAACUGAUGGAGCAAGUUCGCACCAAUGACCACACCCUCACAGAGCUCAAUGUCAACAACUCUGAGGUCAUCAAAACCAAAACACUGAUUGAGUUUGCUGAAGCGCUGAAAAACAACACAAACAUCAAGAGUUUUGCUUUGGCCAACUGCCGAGCUGACGACCACGUAGCCUACGCCAUAGCGGGCAUGCUAAGGCACAACAAGACCAUCACAAGCCUCAAUGUGGACUCAAACCUUCUCACAGGCAAAGGCAUCUUGUCACUCAUUCAAGCACUACAAUACAACUGCACUCUGACUGAGCUUCGAUUUCAGAACCAGCGCCAUAUUUGUGGUGGAAAAACAGAAAUGGAGUUGGUGAAGAUACUUAAAGAUAACACCACACUGCUUAAAUUGGGUUACCACUUUGAAUUGGCAGGACCCAGGAUGACGGCGACUAAUAUUUUGAGUCGCAAUAUGGACCGACAGAGACAAAAAAGGCUACAAGAGCAGAAACAAGCACAAGCAAAUGGUGAGAAGAAAGGAACGUUGGAUGUGCCCAAAGCAGGAUCUUUAAGGAAUUCACCCAAAACGUCGCCCAAACCGUCCCCUAUCCCAUCCCCAAUGCCAUCUCCUAAGCUGGCCUCCAAAAGGAGAACAGUGGGAGGACUGAUGACACCACCACCACCUCCUCCACCUCCAGCUGGUGUACCUCCGCCUCCCCCUCCACCAAUGCUGGACAUAGACUUGCUGAAAAACUCACUCACACCAGUUUCACAAAGAAAAUUAGAUAGUAAAGGCACAGGAGGGAGUAAGAACUCAAGGGACCAACUGCUGGCUUCAAUCAGAACAAGCAAUAUUCACCAUCUUAAAAAGGUACCUGUGCCAAAGUGGCUGCAGUAA